AUAAGUAAAACCGAUACGUCAGUGUACUUCGAGGUGCACGCGAUCUGCGUAAGAGCAGAGGGGGCUACAGGGUAGCGUGCAUUGUUGUAGCGCGCAGUUGUCCGCCAUUGCUAGGGAGUUAACUUCGGUACUAGGCUAGGCGAGGAUCUCGGAGCUCGUCGCGUGCCCCCUCCCCCUUUUGUCGUGGAAAAAACUAUUUAGUGAUUUCGUGUUACGAUUUUGGGUAUUUUGAGAUCCGGGCGAUUUCCAAUCGGCUUCGCGUUCGGAGGUGAUGGAGAAGAAGAGGCACUCGACUAUGAUUACGACUCCAGAAACCGUGUACGACGUGAAACCGUUGCACACGAAUUUCCUGACGCCGUCAGGACAGCGUCUUACCCCCACAGGGAAAAUCAGCCAUGCUAAAACACGAGUCUACACGCAGAGAUAUCGAAAAGAAUGGGAACAGAUGCCCGAUUUUAAAGGAUGGUUGACAUCCGUGCCUUUUCAACCAACUCGUGCUUAUUGCUUGUAUUGCAAGAAAAACCUGCAUGCCCAUCGACUUUCUUUACUGAAGCACACAUGUACAAUGAAACAUCAGCGUGCAGCUUUAUUGCACGAGGUAGAAGAAAAGAAGAAGGCUCUUGCCCAAAAGUUGAAGGGAGAGGAGGAAGUUGAAGUGGAGAUUGGUGAAAUUGAAGCAUCUGAAUAUGUGCAAGCGGAAGUAGAAGAGAACGACGAAGAAGUAGAGUAUGUUGUUGAGAGAUUAGAAACAGACGAUGAACUAGAUGAAUCACAAAUCAAAGAUCCAAAUGAAGAUGUUAGUGGCGAAGCUAAGAAAGAAGAAGAAGAGGAAGAGGAUGAAGAUAUACAAAUGUCUAUGGAUGAUGAAGAAGUUAAAUAUUCUAUGAAAAAAAUCAAACUAGAGAGAGCACAUAACUCUGAAGACCCUUUGGCAGAAGCAAUGGAUCAUAUGCAGAGUGAGUACUUGGAAGAAACAGAGAAUCAAGAGGGUGUACACAUGGAUAUGGCGGUAGAAUCUGAAGAUCAAAGCAAUCCCGAAAUUCAAGUUAUGUCAGUCAUUCAUGAUGGGGAAGACCCUGACAAAGAAUCGCAGAAGGAGUCGCAUGAAAAUGGAAAAGCGAUACGGAGAACUGAGAAUAGAAUGGAUAGAAAAUCUACAAAAGUAUUGCAAGACGAGAAACAACAAGGAGAUUCCGGAGUAGUUAUGACAUGCCCGUUGCCUAUUCUAGGUACAGCUUAUCAAAUAAAUUCCUCAGUUGCAUCUCCCUCUAAUGCGAUAGGAGUUCUACAACCCGUAAAUACGAUUCCGAUCGCACCUGCACAGAGUAAAACGAUUACUCUAACGUCGGGUGGCAAGACUCUAACUUUGACAGGUGGUACAUUCCAACCUGGCACUCAGUAUGUUCUGAGUAAGUUCAAGACAAAACUUUCUACAUUGGUAAUGGCUGACCGGAAAACUGCAAUUGCAGCUAAUGAAGAGGAAGAUGCUUCCAAAGGCGUUUCCAUAAGCAAGGACCAACAGAUGGCUGUGGCGAGUACCAGUUACCAAAGUCUAAAGAAACAUGUUCUUGUAAAGACAGUUAAAUCUCCAGCUUCGAAAAAGCCUCGUAUUUCUACGCACGUUGUGGAUACCAGUAAAGGUCUACCAGUUGGAGGAUUACAAGUCAGUUUAUACAAACUUAUGGAUGGUCGAUGGACAUUUCUAAACGAAAGCAAUACUACACCAAACGGUCGAUGCGUUGACUUGGUAGAUAACAUGAAAGUUAACUUUACCACUGGACGUUACAAGAUUCAUUUCGAUGUUGACAAGUACUUCACACUACGGAGAAUAGAAACCAUGUAUCCGUUCAUUGAAAUCGUUUUCGAUGUAAAGGAUCCUGCUGGACACUAUCACAUACCAGUUUUGUUGAGCCCAUUCGGUUAUUCCACUUACCGUGGUUCCGAAAGAUGAAUGCUAAUGAUAAUUCAAUGUUUGAUUAAUAUUCUAAGGCGCGAAUGCUGUGUUAUAAAAAUAUCAAAU